GUGAAGACAGUGCUGUGUGUUACAUACGGUUUGGAUUAAGCACUGUCUUCUGUGGGUGGCCGGAAUCGGUCCCGAGGCCUUCGCUGUGUAUCGCAGUGCAGUGCCCAGCGGUUUCUCCCACUGCCCGUCGGCAACCGUGACCACCUGAACAAAUAAGGAGAUUUGCCAGAGCCUUACAGGUCAGUGAACGGCCUGCCCCGGCAUUUUGCAGAUGGCGGCAAUCUUCGCCUGCAUCGUCCAGCCAAAGGUCAUUGAGUUUAACGUAACCGACCAAAAGCUUCAUCGAGCUCAGAAGGAUGAGGAACUCAGGGCUGAGCUGGCAGCUCUCUCCCUCCCAGGACACACCUCCCAGUCUUCGCCGCUAGGAAACCACGCGGUUUCGGAGCAGGGAGGCGCUGCAGCUCAGCAGACAGACGUGCUUUGUCAACCUGGCGGCGGCUGCCGGCUAUUUAAAUGCACCGCUGCACCAGCGACAGCUGGCGACCCGCGCGGCCCCGGUGGCAAGAGCCCAAAGAAUGGUAGCAAUGGCGCUUGCGUGACCAGCAUGGCGACGGUGGGCUCCGCUGUUUGCGUCUUCACGGGGCAGCUGAGCAACGGCUCGGCGCUGGCUGCGGCCUUCGCGCCCGUGCCCGAGGAGAGGGAGGGCGAGGAGGAGGAGGCGGCGGGCGCGGGGAAGCCGCAAGAGCUCCCAGCGGCUGCGCUGCUGUGCCACAUGUACUUCCAGCUGGGAGUGGAGCUGCUGGGGCUGCUGCGGGGCACCUUCACCUUCGUGCUGUAUGAGAGCAAGACGAGUCGUGUGUUGGCGGCCCGCGAUGGCAGCGGCCGCGCCCCGCCCCUGCUGCAGGGCCGCUCCCGGCACUCGGGGGCGCUGCUGCUGACGUCGAGCAGGGAGCUGCUGGAGGCAGCGGGGGCAGCGGGGGCGGAGGAGGGAGCGGCGGCAGCGGGGGGCGAGGGGGCAACGGCAGCGGCGGGGGAGGUGGUGGAGUUCCUGCCAGGUGACUACAAGUACGGCUGGUCCGCCACUCCUCGGCGCUACGUUCCGCCGGAGGUGACCCACGGGUCAUCAGGCAACAAGUCCCUCUCACGCAGAUCGCUCGAGCCGCCCCACAGCGGCAACAGCGCCAGCCGGCCCUCCUCCGCCCGCGGCUCCUCCCUGCGCCGCGCCACCAGCCUGGAGCAGCCGGAGGUGGGGGGAGGCGGCGGCGGCGGCGGGGGCGGCAGGGGCGCCAACACGGUAAGCGGCGUCAGCGGCGGCAGUGGUCGGCAGCGGCGUGCGAGUGUGGACCAAAGUAAUGGCUGCUACACUCCCCCCGCCCUCCGUGUGGCCUCGGCCUCCUUCUCCGUGUCCACCGCUACUGCUGCGGGCAUCAACGCGGCCGUGCUGGCCACCCCGACCUCUCCGCGCGUCAACAAAGCAGCCCAAGCGGCCCGCCAACAGCCGCAGCAGCCGGCACGGCAGCAACCGCAAGCCUCUCCCUUUGCUGCCGCCGCUGCCGCUGCUGUUGAGGCGCCUACACCUCCCAAGACCUCUGCCAGCGCAGCUGUUCCCAUCGCCGUGCCAGGACGCAGGAACCGGGCCAACAGCGGUGGCGCCGGUAACGGGGCGUUUGGAGGCAGCAGCAGCGGUGCUCGUGGUGGCGGCGGUGGGGCCCGCGGGGGGGUUCCGGCGUCCCCCUCGGCAGCCUCCUCGCUGGCGGGAACGUUGGGCGCCGUGGCCUGCUCCCCGGGGGGCGGCAGCAGCAGCUACCAACCAGAUGGCGACUGGCAGCGCCUGAGCUGCAGCAUGGAUGUUCCCGGGGCCUGGCGUCUGGGACAGGGCAUGGGUAUGGGCAUGAGCCCCGCAACGGCCAGUGGCGUGCAGCAGCAGCAGCAGCAGCGAGGUGGGAGGGGACAGCAGCAGCAGCAGUCUCAGCGUCCUCAAAAGGGCUCGCAGCAGAACCAGUCGCAGAUGGAGAGGCAGGGCUCGGAGGGUCUCAAGCCGCCGCCAUCCCCCAAGCCGCAGCACAAGCCUGAGGGCACCCGGCAGCAGCCGCAACAGCAGCAGUCGGAUGCGGCUAAGAAGUCCUCGCAGGCUCCGAAGCAGCAGCAGCAACAGCAGCAACAACAGCAGCAAAAGCAGCCCCAGCAGCAAAAGAGCGCCACCGAACAACAACAACAACAAGCAGAGAAGCAGCCCCCGCAAUCCCCGCGGGCCGUAAAGCCCCAACAGCAGGCCAAUGGGGUUGCUGCUGCUGUCAGUCCAGGGCAAGACCAUGUCGCCAGCAACGGCGAUGUCCCCGCCAUGACACCCCCGCCAGCCGGCGGCGGCCCCAGCGGUACCAGUAAGCGCCCGGCCACCAGCGGCGGCGGCGCUGCCCCCAGCGCUGCUGCGAGCAGUGACGUCAGCGGCAACAGCAGCCGGGAAGCGGGGAGGCCGGUGUCGGCGACACAGCCACCUGCCAGCCCCAAGCCGCAAAAGCCGAAGCAGCAGCAGCAGUCGGCGGCAAACAGCAAACAGCAGCGCAGGGAGGCGCAUGAGGGAUCUUGGCGCAAGGCCGCGGCGCCUGACACUACCGCUUCAGUCGUCGACCCCGCCACCACCACCACUCCAGCAGCCCCGCCGGCUGCUUCUGCGGUGGCUGUGGUGCGGUCUGGGGCAUGUGAGGGGAAGCCGCUGAGCCGCAGCAGUGUGAAAGGCGACGCUGCGGCUGCGGAGCCGGCGGGGCCGGUGGCAGCAGCAGCAGCAGCAGAGGUGGCAGCAGCAGCUAGCAGCGGGCCUUGAAGGGGGGGCGGGAGGCGCGACCAGGGGCGUGGCUUGCAGCGGUUGUGGGUGCGCGCGUGUGGAUACUGGGUGUCGUGACGUAGCUGGGAUGUCGCGUGGUGGAAGAGGUGCGUGAUGCUCGGGGAAGGGAAAUUGAAGGACGGUUGGGUUUGGCGUGGUGUGAAGGGUGUGGAUAUGUGGGGGAUGGAAAACGGAGAAUAAUCAGUUGCGCGCUCGCAGCUCUCAGUAGCUGACUCGGGGCAGCAGCAUGGCUUUGCGUGCCGGCUGCCUGUAUCGUACGUCUUAUAUGGUGCAAGGGCGUUGGGAGAGUAGUAAUGUGAUGUGAGAGACUUCAGUUUUGCUCUUAGCUAGAGAGGUUGAGAGGCAAAUGCUAAUGCUCGCAAGCUUUAUCUCGAGGCCUCCUCGAAGGGAACCUGACUGUCUGCUACAGUGAAAGCCGCUUAGGCAUAUCACACAUUUGUAUACAUAUGCCUCUGCUACGCCUUCGGAAGUCUGAGGCCAUAAAAAGGGAGAAACUGUUCGUUGCCAGUUUUCGUAAUGUUGAAGCGCAAUGGUUAAGCUGUCAUUCUGUGAACCUGCCUGUGUUGUCUGCCGCCUACGAAAGUGUGGGUUGAAUGGGUUGGGAAAAGGGAUUCGUGCCUUUGUCUGGAGUCGCCCUUAGCUACAGGCUUUGCCGUGAACCACGGAGGGCAGAUGCGCCUCUGACAACUGGCCCAAUUGCGUCAAUAUUAUUUCUGAAGGUCCCUGUGAGGCCUUCAAAACUGAUUCACAGACAGUUGCUGUGAUGAUGUUGUGUCGCUAUGUGUUGUUAGAGUCGAAGAGCCCAAAUGAAGUUUUGCAACUCAUUACAAUUACAACCAUGAAUCAAAUGGGGAGUGUUGUCCGCCCGUCGGGGACACCUCGACAACGAGCAACGGUCAAGUACGACUCGCAACAGUGCACUUGUGUUUCGGGGCUCUAUAGGCCUAAGCA